UAUUGGCUUCAUCUAAGUGGUGUGCAGGUCCCUAAUUUACUGAUUUUAACAGCUUUUCGCUUGUACUCUGCAUGUAAACUGGAUGUACUUCACUUGGAAGGGCUUUGUAUGCUGCUGUAACUUAUUUUUGGGACUUUGGUAGGUGAACUGGACUUAAAGACCUCUUUUCAACUACAACCUUGUUCCAAACUCAGAAUACAAGAAGGUUUACAAAGGCUUGGACAUUAUUACUAACAAAGUAACAGUGGAGGAGCAGAAUCUGUGUCGUCAUCAUAUGAUCAGCUUUGUGGAUCCCCUUAUCUCCAAUUACACUGUGGUAGACUUCAGGAACAAGGCUGUUUCCAUUAUUGAAGAGAUCUUUUCUAGAAAGAAAAUUCCUAUUAUUGUUGGAGGAACUAACUAUUACAUUGAAUCUCUGCUUUGGAAAGUCCUUAUAGAUACUAAGCCUGAAACACUGUUUGAGAACACUUCUUCACUAAAUGCAGCAGCUGUGGUGGAUCACACUGGAGAGGAAUCCAUAACACUUGACAGGAAAGCCGAACUGGAAAAACUAGACAGCCAGGAAUUGCACAGACAGCUCUCAGAGGUGGACCCAGAAAUGGCAGCCAGGCUGCACCCACAUGAUAAACGCAAGGUAGCAAGGAGUUUGCAAGUGUUUGAGGAAACUGGAAUUCCUCAUAGUCAGCUACUACAUCAACAAAGGGUUGAAGAAGGGGGUGGUCCCCUAGGGGGACCUCUGCGAUAUGAGAAUCCCUGCAUCUUCUGGCUCACUGCAGCCCAAGCAGUUCUGGAUGAACGCCUAGAUAAACGAGUAGAUGAGAUGCUUACCUUGGGUUUACUGGAAGAGUUGCAAGAGUUCCACAGGCGCUACAAUGAACAGAAAUUAAAUGAAAAUAGUCAAGAUUAUCAGCAUGGAAUCUUCCAGUCCAUUGGCUUCAAGGAAUUUCAUGAAUACCUGACUGUAGGGGAUAGCUGUCUGGAGAGCACCAGAGCCGAGUUACUACAGAGAGGUAUUGAGUCAUUGAAACAAGUCACAAAACGUUAUACCCGGAAGCAAAACAAAUGGGUCAGAAAUCGCUUCUUGCAACGGCCAGGUGCCAACAUACCAGCUGUAUACGAACUAGAUGCUACAGAUGUCUCACAGUGGGAGCUGAAAGUACUUGCUCCAGCGCUGAGCAUUAUCAACAGUGUUAUCAAGGGUGAGAAACCAGUGUUUGAUCCUUUGAAAACUGAAGAGAGCCAGAAAGGCCAGCCUGAGAACAAGCAUAGUUGGCACACAUGUGAUACCUGUGGGAAGGUUAUCAUAGGGGACCGGGAAUGGAGGGCACACCUGAAGUCAAAGGGUCAUCUUCAUCAUGUGAGGAAAAGAAGAAAGCUAGAUUGUGAGGCACAGUCUGCAGAACAGGAUAGCAGUACAACACCAUCAGGUUGUGCUACAGACUCCUCAAAGAAAUUGGAAGACAAUCACACAAAAACAGAAGCUUCCUGCCCGGUAUGAACAAGAAUGCUGAUGAGAGUGUUGUCAUCUUUGUGGCCUGCUAAUAAACAUUCUUCCACUGUUCUGUUAUCAACAAUAGAGCAUGACCUGAAUAAGGAUAGCCAUCCAGGGAACACAUGUUUCAUCAUUUGGGGAGUUACCUAAUAUUUAUCAGUUCUUGUAUUCCUUGCUGGACAGAGGGUUGUGCUCCUUUGUAUAAGUUAGACACAGCAGUUUGUCAAAGACCUUGGUGCAGUUAUAGAUGUCGGCUCAAUAGUUGCCUUCCCCUUGAGCUUCCUGCAGACUCAGGAUAAAUAAGCAAGAAGUUAUGAAAUAGUUACAAGAGUUCUACAAGUCCAUCAUAUUUUGCAUGGCUCUGAGAAGAGUUUUGCAGAAGUGCAGGCUAUUUUGGGUGGUCAGUUUGUCUGAAGUUUGUUUAACUAAUAGUUCAUGACUUGUUUUAAAACUUCUCUAGAAAUAUUUGUGACAGACCUCUGUGGGCUAUAAUGCUGAAUGUUAAGGCCAUUAAACCUCAGAAAUGUGGGUGUGUUACUUUCGUAUUCUUAAAUAAAUUGUUGGUAUUUUUAA